GGAGAUUGCAAAGUGAAUACCGGUAUCUAUUUUCUGGUCCUGAUUUCACCGUAAUACUCUCAAUAAGAAAGGACCAAAAGGAAUCUUGUUCUCAUGAUGCCAUACUACUAAUCUUUCGAUCCGUCAAACUAUUAUAGGUUAAUUCUUCUAUCUUCCUGGAAUCUCUAUAGACCCAUCUAUAUUCUGAAGAGACAAACAAGAACGGCAUCAUUUUAUCGCCAAAGAAGCAUUGAAACCAUGUUACCAUCAACGCCCUACCCUUCCUCGGGCCCAGGAUAUUGGGGCCCCGUAACCUCAACCAUCAAUUGGUGCGAAGAAGACUACUAUGCUACAAUCUAUUCGGCUGAGAUCGUGAAUACGAUUACCAAUUUGAUGUUUGUGAUUUUGGCUUGGAAAGGAAUGUCUAGCUGUAUUAAAUAUGGUCAUGACCGCGUCUUCCUCGUUGCCUUCCUAAGUUAUCUUGUUAUUGGAGUCGGAAGCAUGUUAUUCCAUUCUACAUUGAUUUACCCUAUGCAACUUGUGGACGAACUGGCCAUGAUCUAUCUGGAAUGCAUCCUAGCCUAUUCCGUUUUUGCGCACCAGAAAUCACCUUUGUCGCGUUUUGUGCUCGCUCUCUCGAUUUCUGCACUUGCGAUAUUUAUUACUCUCUACUAUCAUUACCUCCAAGACCCAGUAUUCCAUCAAAACAUGUUUGCACUGCUCACCGCCACAGUGGUAUUCCGAAGCAUGUGGAUAAUGGAGCAUAUAGUCAAUCCAAAGCGUCGCGUUAAAGACGAAAAUGUCACUACAGUUGAGCAAAAAAGAAGAGACGAGAGAGAUAGCAAGAUUCUGAGCCAGAUGUGGAAGUUGAAUUACAUAGGGUUAACUUAUGUAGCCCUUGCAUUUUUCAUCUGGAAUUUGGACAACAUUUAUUGUGGAACGAUUAGAAGAUGGAGGAGAGAGGUGGGACUACCGUGGGGUAUCUUUCUGGAGGGCCAUGGAUGGUGGCAUAUUUUGACAGGAAUAGCUGCGUACAAUAAUAUCACUUGGUCGAUUUGGCUGCGAUAUUGUCGCAAUGGUAAGCAAGAUCUGGUGGAAUUGGAGUGGCCAUCUAUGUUCACUUCAAUGCCUGUUGUAGUAGGUGCGAAGCUGCAAAACAAAGUUCUGUGAGUAAAAUUGUGGGUUCCAAGACUAUCCAAGGAUUCAUUUGGCUCGUUGCUGUUUCUGUUAGAUUGAUUAGUUCUCCCAACAAGAGGAAAAAUAUAUCUUUCAGGUCAAAUGAUUCAUCGAAAAUGGUAGGAAGGUAUCUGUUGCGAUACGAGUGAAUAUGCACACGCGAGUGCACCAGCGCGCUAGCAUACAAGCGUACUACAUAUAGCUCUCAUAGCUCUGAAUCUAGAAUAGAUAAACAUAAUAUAAUAUGUUAAAACCA